UCGGAAGUCACACCAGUUGCAUGGGUGUGUAGCGUGAAAAGAGAAAGCAGUAGAACACAAAAGCACUAUCUUCAGUGUAGCUGUGUAGAUUUGACAGCUUUCUCUCUGAGGUUUUUGAAGGAACGCUGAUGACACCAGCAGUUGCUUCAUGCGACACAUCCGUUGAGAUUUCGCGAGCUGCCUUAUGAAAAAAAAAAGAGGGACCUCUCCUCUCUGUGUGGGAACCAGUUGCUGAAAUACCAGGAAAUCGAUAUCAGGGUGGUUUUGGUGUAAAAAAAAGCACCGAGCAGCAGCGGACUGACUAGCCCAAGGGCCUGUGGAGUGGGAGUGUACAGAGCUGUGUUCCAUCACACCGCGGAGGAAGCAGCGCCCCUUUAAACGCCCGAAGCUCGGCUCGCUCCCGCUGAGAACACCGUCUGCAGCAAUGGAGUACCUCUGCCUUCUGCUCAUACACGCUCUCCUGGUGGGCUUCACCUUCGCAGGUGACAAAGGAAUUCACUGGACUUACCAAGAGGGGGCCCUAGACCAGAUGCACUGGGCGGACACAUACCCAGAGUGCGGCGGGCGGAGACAGUCCCCUAUCGACAUCCAACGGAGAAACGUGCGCCACAACCCCGACAUGCCAAUGCUGGAGCUCACUGGCUACGACAAUAUGAGAGGAAACUUCCUCAUGACCAACAACGGACACUCGGUCCAGAUCGACCUGCCACCGAGCAUGGUGAUCACCGCGGGACUCCCUGGACGUUACACGGCCGUCCAGAUGCACCUGCACUGGGGUGGAUGGGACCUUGAGGCUAGCGGGGCUGAACACACCCUGGACGGCAUCCGCUACAUGGCCGAGCUGCAUGUCGUCCAUUACAACUCUGACAAGUACAAGAGCUUCACCGAGGCCAGGGAUAAGCCGGACGGCCUGGCGGUGCUGGCGUUUUUCUAUGAGGACGGGCAUUUUGAGAACACCUACUACAGUGAUUUCAUCUCCAACCUGGCCAAGGUGAAGUACGCAGGGCAGUCCAUGAACAUCUCCUCGGUGAACGUGCGCUCCAUGCUGCCGGAGAACCUGAACCAUUUCUUCAGGUACCAGGGGUCGCUGACCACGCCACCCUGCUUUGAAAGCAUCUUGUGGACUGUGUUCGACACACCCAUCACGCUGUCCCACAACCAGAUUAGGAAGCUAGAGAGCACCCUAAUGGACCACGAGAAUAAAACCCUGUGGAAUGACUACCGCAUGGCGCAACCACUCAACGACCGCGUGGUGGAGUCCUCUUUCCUGCCCCGGCUAAGCCAAGGCACGUUUUGCCGGCAAGAGGAAAUCGAGUCAAGGUUACUGAAGAUAGAGGACAUGAUCACAAACAUCGGAAAGCGCAUUCCCUCAAGUUCUGCUGAUGAGUCACUAUCGCCCCCGGAUGGGCCGCGAACCUUCAGCCCGCUGGUGCUGCACCUCCCUGAGGGGAGGCCUGAGAGCUAUGUGGGGGUGGCCCCCGUCCGCGAUAUGGGCCUCCAGGCCUUCACAGUGUGUGCACACCUGCGGGCGCUCCCGGGCGGCGUGCACACCAUCCUGUCCUACUCCAGCGCCGCUAACGACAACGAGCUCACCCUGACCACAGGCUACGAGGUGGGCCUGUGGGUCGGCAACGAGUUUGUCAACUUCGCCCACAGCUUCCACACGCAGGACUGGGGCUCCUACUGCGUGACCUGGGCGUCCGCGAGCGGCCGGGCGGCGCUAUGGGCGAACGGCGAGCCACAGGGCCAGCAGGACCUGCAGCGGGGCUACGAGCUGCACCGCGGGGGCGCCCUCAUCCUGGGGAAGGACCAGGACGGCCUGCUGGGCAUCUCCGAGGUGGACGGCUUCGUGGGCUACCUGACGGACGUCAACGUGUGGGACCGCGUGCUCAGCGAGGCCGAGGUGCAGCAGCAGGCGGCCUGUGGGAACGCCGGCCCCAAGGGCAAUGUCCUCUCCUGGGGGAUCGGCCAGCUCAGCCUGUACGGCGGGGUGGAGCUUGCCAACAAUUACAGGUGUCCCUGAGCUGGGGGGCCAUGCCUCCCUCCCACACCCUCAGUUUCUCAAACUUGGCGCCACUGUGUUAGGAGGAUUGUGGAAGUCCAAGGGAAAAAAAUCGUAUUCUGAAUAGAACAAAAUGACUGAUUUGGUUUGGAAUUUUUGAUAAGGAGCAGAGAAAUAUUUUU